UAUCGGAAGAUAACCACUAGUAAAAUGGCUGGUCCACUACCAUUGCUAUCAACUGAAGCGGUUUACAAAAAAAUUGCCGACUAUUACAAAGAGAAUGGCGAAAAAAUUAAUAUAAAAAAUCUGUUUGAAAGUGAUCCUGAACGUUUCAAGAAAUUCAGUUUGCGCAUCAGCACACCCAAUGAUGGUGAUAUCUUACUCGAUUAUUCAAAAAAUCGUAUUACACCCGAAGUAUGGAAUCUACUUUUGGAAUUGGCCAAAGUCAGGCACGUUGCUGAGGCUCGUGACGCCAUGAUGUCUGGUCAGGCCAUUAACAUUACCGAGAAUCGUGCUGUAUUGCAUAUUGCCUUGCGCAAUCGCGGAGACGAAGCAAUUCUGGUCGAUGGCAAAGAUGUUAUGCCCGAUGUCCGUGCUGAAUUGACCCACAUGAAGGAGUUCACCAAUCAAGUCAUUUCGGGUGUAUGGCGUGGUUUCACGGGAAAACAAAUUACAGAUGUUGUUAAUAUUGGCAUUGGUGGUAGCGAUUUGGGUCCUCUGAUGGUCACUGAGGCUUUGAAGCCCUACUGCAAGGGCCUACGUUCCCACUUUGUCUCCAAUAUUGAUGGUACCCACAUGGCUGAGGUCUUGAAGAAGGUGAACUAUGAAACCACACUGUUUAUCAUUGCCUCGAAGACUUUUACCACACAAGAAACCAUAACAAAUGCCACAUCGGCCAAAAAUUGGCUACUAGAACAAACAAAAGAUCCCUCUGCUGUUGCUAAGCAUUUUGUGGCUUUGUCUACAAACAAGGAAAAGGUCACUGAAUUCGGUAUUGACAGCAAAAACAUGUUUGGUUUCUGGGAUUGGGUGGGAGGACGCUACUCCUUGUGGUCAGCCAUUGGUUUGUCAAUUUGCCUAUCGAUUGGCUUUGAACAUUUCGAGCAAUUGCUUGAAGGUGCCCAUUUCAUGGACAAGCAUUUCAAAAAUGCUCCCUUCGAACAAAAUGCCCCCGUCAUUCUGGCAAUGCUAGGCAUCUGGUAUUCGAAUUUCUACAAUGCUGAAACCCAUGCCAUUUUACCCUAUGACCAAUACUUGCACCGUUUCCCCGCCUACUUCCAACAAGGUGAUAUGGAAAGUAAUGGAAAGUUUGUUACCAAGACUGGCAGCAAGGUGGUCGACUACAACACCGGUCCAAUUAUCUGGGGCGAACCCGGCACAAAUGGCCAACACGCCUUCUAUCAACUCAUUCACCAGGGUACUCGUUUGAUUCCAUGCGAUUUCAUUGCUCCAGCUAAUACUCACAAUCCAAUUGCUGGUGGUGUCCAUCACAAAAUUUUGCUUGCCAACUUUUUGGCACAAACUGAGGCCCUGGCCUAUGGCAAGACUUCGGAACAGGCUAAGGCUGAACUUGAAAAGGCCGGCGUCAAGGGAGAAAAAUUGGAACAACUCUUGCCCCAUAAAGUAUUCACCGGCAACCGUCCCACCAACUCCAUUGUUGUUAAGAAAUUGACACCUUUCAUUUUGGGAGCUCUUAUUGCUAUGUAUGAACAUAAAAUCUUUACCCAAGGUAUUGUUUGGGACAUCAACUCAUUCGAUCAAUGGGGUGUUGAACUGGGAAAACAAUUGGCAAAGGCAAUUGAACCUGAAUUGGCCAACAAGGACCCGGUCUCUUCACACGACUCCUCCACCAAUGGUCUCAUCAAUUUCAUCAAAACCAAUUGGUCUUAAAU